AUGGGAGAUGGACAAAAUCAGAUGACGGCGGCUACUGCUACUCCGCAGGCGCCGAGCCUCGAGAGCUUUCCUAAUGAGAUCAAACUCCACAUACUGUCGUUCCUCGAAGCACCGCAUAUUACGAAUUUGCAACUGGUAUCCCGCGCUUUUAGAGACCUUGCACGAGACAAUAGCUUUUGGCGUUCACGAUGCCUGCAACAAUCCUCGUUUCUCGAAAGCCUCGAACGACGACGGGCCUUUGGCCGGCUAGCUACCCAGGGGCUCGGCGAAACAUUUCAUAUGCAGCAUGAUGGAAGCGCAACGGGGACGAUCUGGCAAGAUGCGUAUCCCUCUCCCGAUAGCAGCAGCACCAACACUCCUGGCAGUGGAAGCUGGGCGACACUGACAACGCCAACAAUCCUAAAGAGCUUUCGUGCGUCCAGCAAGAAGGAACAAAUGCGGAUCAUGGCGAACUGGGAUCCUUGCUUUCCUACCGAGAGGGUUUCCUGGUAUGAGGAGUACAUUCAGCGUCAUGCGCCUGUUGCCAUCAAUUGGCUUCCGCUGCCCCAUGCCCGUGGCGCCAAGUCCGAAUAUGUUGAAGCAAGAGGUGUUGCCCUAUACCGACCUGACAGUCCCCGUAUUGAACAGGGCUUCGAGGGGGGAGCGCGGUCAGCUGCUGAUGAAACACUCCUAGCUGUCUCGCCGUUAGACGAUGGUAGUGUCUGUAUCUGGGACGUCAACGGGACAAGAGGUCGAAAGGGUGCGAUUUUGGCCACGAGCGCGCCCGGACUUCUUCUCAUAAACGGGCCAGGAGCAGAUAACAGCAAGCGGUCGCAACGGGUGGACUCGGGCGUUACAGAAUGUGUCAGCGUUGACAGCAGCCUUCAUCGGGCCUUUUUCGCAGUUCAGAAUCACAUUAUCGAAGUUGAUUUGCAAAGACUCUCGGUUGUUGAUUUCGAAUCGUUCCCUUGGUCCAUUACAGCUUUAUCUUCGGCAGAUCCUAGGGUACCACUCACCGUUGGAACAAAUCUGGAACUCCACCUGCACGAUUAUCGUUCUCGGCGACGGUUUCGAAAUGCUCCCGAAGACGACCAGGUCGACUUCAACCUUACCGACGCCCAGGCGAGGUACGAACGUGGGAUCAGGAACAUCUUCAGCGAUGAGCCGGCUGGCUCCUGGACGUCACUCGCACAACCGGGGCCAUUGAGUAUCCUACAUGUCCCGCGACCGGGCCAACAAGCAGAGUUGUCAGACGAUAUAUACGUUGCUGGUCGGUUCUCCCACAUCCUACAUUAUGACAGACGUAAUCUGUCAAGAAUCAGAGGAUCGAUCAACUCGAAAGCAAGGCUAUGCAGCAUGACAUCUCUCCCAUUCCCCUUCUCUAAGCGACACAGCGAACUCCGACGGAAAGGAGAGCUCACACUGGAGGAAGUCGAGGCAUCGAAGAGUGUCCAAGGCGGCAGGACUUUGAUCGCCGGUGGAGACUACAACAUGAAGGGAUCCCUAGAGAUUUAUGGCCUAGCGCCACCAGACUCUGAUAAAACUUUGAUGGGAGACUUGGAUGACUUUGCGUACCAGAACCGGCAGUCAGCGUCAGGGUCAAAGGUUCUUUCGGUUGCUAACCAUGGUACCCGAGUUGUGUUCUCGGACGGAUCCGGUUACAUAAAAUGGUUCGAAAGGGACUGCUUCACCGAGGUCCGCCGGUGUAGGAUCGGGCACAGCGAACAGGCACAGGGGCCUUCUAUCUUCGCUUCAAUGCCGGGCUCCUCGGACAUAGCCAGAAAACUACUCCCAACACGGGCAGGCGAAGCCAAGGAUAAGAUUAACGACAAUGACCUGCUGUUUUGGACGGGUGAGAGGUUGGGAUUGUUGAACUUCAGUGCGCGCCCGGGGUUUACGGUUGAGGAGUUCGAGGAGGAAGUUGAGGCUGUCAAUAACGAGACGCGGGCACAAGAGCGGGAGGAGAGAGAUUACACUGAAACAAUGCGUCGCGCAUUGCAGAGACAUGCUGACGACGUCAUGUUUACCAGGCACUUCGGCCUCGGUAACGGUUCCUUGCGCUGA